AUAUGAAAAAUAAUUUCUUAUCCGAUUACUUGAUUAAUGGAUGAAGUAAUCAAUAAAAUACUUGAUUACAAAAAUAAUCCAUAGUUGCAGCGCUACUUGUGUUCAGAAAGCUAUAGUCAAACAUUAGUUUUCAGCACCAGUGCUUCUUUAAAAUAUCUGUAAUGUGUUGUCAAAGCUUGGAAUGUGUCCAUUUUUGUUCUGGAGAAAUGCUGGUGCAGGUGGAGCAUCAGGCAGUCCAGAAAUGGGUUCGGGUUCCAGUGACAGAUGACUGCUAUGAUUACUUGAAAUUCAUUCAAGAGGUUCAUGCUAAAUUCAACUUGGCAAGUGGAGUCUCUGUAGACCUGAAGGACUCAUCUGGAGUCGAUGUGGAUGCUGAUAUUUUUGAUGAACUCCUGAGGUCUGCUACAGUAUCUUUCAAAGUAGUCACUGAGCGCUUUGUGGCCCCUGUUGAUCAGAGUGAGGUCACAGAUGCUUCCUUCAGUUCUGAAGAUGGCUCAUUCUCGUCAGUCGAGUCUCCAAGCUCAGCAAGCUCAUCUUCUACAGUGAUUACAGAGAACACCAAAGCACAGAGAAGACGACUGGUUGAAGGACCACCUGACAGUGAGAUGGCAAAAAAUAUUGUCUAUGUAGCUCUGCACCAAAAACCAGGGGGAGAAGAUGUAAUAAAAGAGUACAACAAGACCAGAAGUCUCUCUGAUCCAACAAGAAAGAAACUUGUCAACAUUUUAGUGGCGGAUAUGAUUGAAAGUCAUGGGAGAGUCCCUCCUGUCAACAUUCGCAUUACCUACGCCCUGGGAAUUGUCACCCUCUUCCCCAGUUUGAAAGAUAAUGGCUCACCGACUGGCUAUGAGCAUUACUAUGAUCCUCUCAGUGGACAGGGCUAUCUGGCCUAUCGAUUGAAAACAGUUCAGCGUAACACUGCAAGUGACUUCAAGAGGAGCUCCAAGUCUGCUCAUCAAGGCGGUCCGAGAACUCUGAGGGAGACCUUAACAUCUGAACAGCUGUUUGGUGAUGGAUGCAAAGAAGCAAUGUCCAUGAUGAAACAUUCAUCAGACCAGGAAGUUGUCAGGGAGAAAAUGAAGGCAACAUUUAAGCAUAGACAGAAUAUGCUUCAUGAUCUGGACCAGUCAUCACUCAUCUUGGAUCACUUCCCAAGAUUCUUGGAUACACCAGGCUUAAUUGAGCAGGACUUCAUCAUGCUCUUUGGAGAAGACAUCUCGGGGAAGUUCAUCGCAAGAUGGCCAACAUUCUAUAAACCGAGGGUCACCACUGUCAGCAAAAGCCUUCGACAGAGUGCUCAUCUGGAUGACCUUCUGUCCACUCAGGAGGAAUCAAGUGAUUAUGAAUGGGAUAGUGACCUGGCAGCUAUUCUCCUGCUGGUUCAUCUCUUGCCUCCAACCGCGAAGGGGAAAAGACAGGGAAAAAUUAGUGCACCUCAGGCUGCUGACCGUGUUAUCAAGUUCAUGAAGGUGGGGACAAGCAUGGCGACCUUCCUUGCCAAAGUUGGAUCUGCACAGCCCUUCCUCCUCUGCGUUGGAGAAAAGAAGAGCAGGAUACAGAAAUUCUACAUCAUCCUGGAUCAGAAGCCCAUUCCCUGUGUGGCACAGACUGCAGUGGCUGCCUUCGAUGAACUGUUUAAGGCACACUUUGUGUUUGCUGUGUCCUAUGAUGCAACCCUCCUCAACUUCUACACAUUCAUCCAAACAACGGUUUAUGGCAUUGAUGUUGCAACAACAAAGGAGAGCCCCAGAGUCAAGGAAAUUAGAGUGAGGAUUAACAACACUUGAAUAUGCUAACAUGUUACAUUUGUAAGGUUCAGCACAGAAAUUGUUCAACUCUUUUCCAGCAUUUGAAAUUUAGUCAUGCUUUGUAUCCAGGGCACAAAUUGCGUUUGAAAUGUGGGGAACAUGGCUGUUCAUCUGUUUUUUACACGUAUUCUGGGUUCAAGAAGCACUUGCUGAAAGCACAUGGAGACACAUUUGCCACAGAUUCUGUUUAUAAGGGCAAUGUUGGUACAGAUAGUGUUGAGACAGAUGAUGUUUCUGCUCAUGACCCAUUGAGUAGCUCUUCUGUUGGUCAACAAAGUCAUGCUAAAAAGAAGCAGUUAAUGGAUAUGUGUAGCUCUGUUAUUGCCCAAGUUCAAGCAGCUGGAGUUUCUGAAAAUAUUGUGCAGUCUUUAACUUGUUCAAUGGAGGAGGUUGUUAAUGAUGUUCAUAUUCAAGCACAAGAUGCCGUUCUUAAGUGUCUUUCAUCUGAGGUGAAUGAACAAACCUUAAACAAAGUCAGAGAAUGUUUUGAGAACAUAGAAAAUCCAUUCACACACCUUAACACUGAAAGAAAGAGGCAAAAGUAUUUUGAAAAAAAAUGGAAAAUUGUUGAACCAGUAGAGCAUGUUCUUGGAGUACGUUAUGAUACACGUUUGGAUAAAACCACAGGUGUAUACAGUCAAAUUCCUGUUAAUGACAAAUUUAUGUAUGUACCUAUUUUAGGAACUCUUGAUUCAUUGUUCACCAACCAAGAACUCAGUACCUGCUUUCAACAGGUAAAGUGUCAUGAAGAUGGGAUAUAUAGAGACAUCAAUGAUGGUUCCUAUCUCAGAAAUCACUCAUUAUUUUCAGAGCAAGAACAUGCACUCCAAAUACAGCUGUAUUACGAUGAUUUUGAAACGGCAAAUCCACUGGGACCCAAAAGGGGUUCACAUAAACUUGGCUGUAUUUAUUUUAUUUUAAGAAAUUUGCCAGCUAAACUCAAUUCAGUUUUGAUGAACAUUCAUCUAGUUUCUCUUUUCCAUGCCGAGGACUUAAAGAAGUACGGUUUUGGUCCAGUCUUGCAGCCUCUUGUUAAUGACUUGAAAUGUCUCGAGACAGAAGGUAUUAAGGUCCCAUUUUCUGAUACACCAUUAAGGGGUUCAAUUGUUCAGGUUACUGGUGAUAAUUUGGCAUUGCAUAGCCUUUUUGGCUUGGUUGAAUCGUUCAGUGCAACUUACUGUUGUCGAUUUUGUUUAACUGAUAAAACAAAGCUUCAGUCAGUAUUCAGUGAGGAUGACCAAGACCUAAUUUUUCGCACAAAAGAGCUCUAUUCAGAACAUUUCAAUGCUGUGGCACAAAAUCCCAUUCUUGUCCAUUCUUUUGGUGUAAAAAGAGAAUGUCCUCUUAAUGCACUGCAGUAUUUUCAUUGUUCAAACAAUUACGCAGUUGAUAUUAUGCAUGACCUUUUGGAAGGUGUUGUGCAGUAUGAACUUCAGCUUCUUUUUCAGUACAUGGUUAGGACUUCCAUAGAUUUAAACACCCUUUCAGA